AUGGGCCUCUUCGCAAGUUUCCUCGCAACCUUCUGCGAGCAUUGCUCGACCCAGUCAAUCUACACUUUGGCCAGUGUCGGAGCACUGUCAUUCAUUGCACUAUCAGUCGUGGUCAAUGUGCUGCGCCAGCUCUUCUUCAAGAAAUCCUAUGAACCCCCCGUGGUCUUCCACUGGUUCCCCUUUGUUGGAAGCACCAUCAGCUAUGGCAUGGACCCAUACAACUUCUUCGACCAGGCCCGCGCAAAGUAUGGCGACAUCUUCACUUUCAUUCUCCUGGGCAAGAAGACCACCGUCUACCUAGGCACCAAGGGCAACGAGUUCAUCCUCAAUGGCAAGCUUCGUGAUGUGAACGCCGAAGAAGUUUACUCCCCCCUCACCACCCCCGUCUUCGGUCGUCACGUCGUCUACGAUUGCCCCAAUGCUAAGCUCAUGGAGCAGAAGAAGUUUGUCAAAUUUGGUCUUACUUCCGAGGCACUUCGGUCUUACGUCCACUUGAUCACCAAUGAGGUCGAUGACUUCGUGAAGAAUUCCCCCGCUUUCCAGGACCCUAAGGGUACUUUCAAUGUUUCCAAGGUCAUUGCCGAAAUCACAAUCUACACAGCCUCCCGCUCGUUGCAAGGACAGGAAGUCCGCGAUCGAUUUGACUCGACUUUUGCUGAAAUGUACCACGACCUCGAUAAGGGUUUCGCUCCUAUCAACUUUAUGCUGCCAUGGGCCCCGCUCCCCCACAACCGCAAGCGCGAUGCUGCACAGAAGAAGAUGACCGAGACAUACAUGGAUAUCAUCAAGGCGCGCCGGACAUCUGGUGAAAAGAAGGACUCUGAGGAUAUGGUCUGGAACUUGAUGUCGUGCACCUACAAGAAUGGCACCCCGAUUCCCGAUGAGGAAAUUGCCCACAUGAUGAUUGCGUUGCUUAUGGCGGGCCAGCACUCUUCGUCCUCUACUGCUGCCUGGAUUGUUCUGCGUCUGGCCACCUGCCCUGAGAUUGUGGAGGAGCUUUACCAAGAACAACUCCAGAUUCUGGGCUCUGACUUGCCUCCUCUCACCCACGAAGGACUCCAGAAGCUCGACUUGCACUCCAAGGUGAUCAAGGAAACCCUUCGUAUCCACGCUCCUAUCCACUCGAUCAUUCGCGCCGUCAAGAACCCCAUGCCUGUGGAAGGCACUUCUUAUGUUAUCCCUACCACUCACAAUGUCCUCUCUUCUCCCGGUGUUACUGCUCGCUCUCCGGAGUUCUUCCCCGAACCCCUGAAGUGGAACCCCCACCGCUGGGAUGAGGCUGGAACUGAUACCACCAAGGAUGAAGAUGAGGAGCAGAUCGACUAUGGUUAUGGACUGGUUACCAAGGGCACCAACAGUCCUUAUCUGCCUUUCGGUGCUGGUCGCCAUCGCUGCAUUGGUGAGCAGUUCGCCUAUGUGCAGCUGGGCACAAUCCUGGCUGCGCUGGUGAGACACUUCAAGUUCUCCAAGCCUAGCGCUGAUAUACCCUUCCCUGAGACGGAUUAUUCGUCCCUCUUCUCCAAGCCCCUGGGUACAUCCUUUGUUCAGUACGAAAAACGUGGAGUCAAAGCAUGA